AUGUUGGAAUGCGUGCGUCGCGCAGCUACAGUGUUACGUGCGACGGAAACCGGACGAAAUUGUUUUAGGCGGCUCCUGCUUUUGCUGCCGAUUGUACUUCUAUGUGUCAGGAGUACCUUCUGUGGUGGAGUAUCUCUUGGUGCCCAUCUGGUUUGCGCAAGAGUGGCCGGAUUGACAGACAAACAGCGAGCUAUGUGUCGAUCUUCCCCUGCUGCCAUUGCAGCUGUUGGAGACGGACUAAGGAUGGCGUACGCAGAAUGUCGAAACCAGUUGGGAGGAUACAGAUGGAACUGUUCAGGGAUUGGUGACGGAAACGACUUUGGACAUGUCAUGCCUUUAGCAACUCGUGAAGCGGCGUUCACGUACGCAAUCACUUCAGCGGGCGUCACGCAUGCCCUCAGCACGGCCUGCGCAAGAGGCGACCUUCCGGCUUGCGGCUGCUCUUCGAAUAGGAGACGAGCGCCGAGUCCUUCCGAACAGUUUAAAUGGGGGGGCUGUGGCGAGUCGGCGUACGGCGCACGAUUCGCGAGAAGGUUUCUAGACUCACGAGAGAUAGAAGCCGAUGCCAGAAGCCUCAUGAACCUGCACAACAAUCGAGUUGGACGGAAGAUUGUUAAAGAUCUAGUGCGCAGAGAGUGCAAAUGUCACGGCGUGUCAGGCUCCUGCGCAGUGAGGACGUGCUGGCGUGCCCUACCGCCAUUCGCAGCCGUCGGCGCCGCAUUGAGAGAAAAAUAUCAUCGAGCGAGGAUGGUAAUACCACACCCACCGCCUGCCACUCACGCGCCUCAAACACAUUUGGUCAUACGGCGACCUCGACAAAACGCGGGCAAUGGCAGGCAACCCCGGAAGUCGGAACUUGUUUUCCUUGAACCAUCGCCGUCAUAUUGUGAAGCAGAUCCAUUGACGGGGUCACUAGGAACUCAUGGGAGACAUUGUAAUCGAACGUCUCGAGGUGAAAAUGGUUGUGAAACUCUUUGCUGCGGUCGUGGUUACAACACGAUUCAAACAGUCGAAGAAACAAAAUGUCACUGUAAAUUCCAUUGGUGUUGCCGCGUGUCCUGCGAAAAGUGUGUGACGCGCACAGAAAUACACGUGUGCAAGUGA